AUGAGUCAACAACAACAAUUCGGUAGCGCACCUGCCAGCCAGCCCACGUACAGCCUACCGCCCCUUCUCAGUAAAGAUAUGGAGUACCUGUGUGCUGACUGUGGUGCCAAGAACGAGAUCAAGACUCGUGAACCUAUUCGCUGCAGAGAAUGCGGGCAUCGAAUCAUGUAUAAGAAAAGAACCAAACGUAUGGUGCAAUUCGAGGCCCGCUGA